GCCAGGCGUCUCGGGGCAUUUGGUAUUUGAGGAGGGAAUUGGGGAAAGGGGCGAGCGCGCUCCGCGCCUUGGCUUGAAUCCAGGCUGGAACCCGGACCGGACUAACGCGAAAGCUCGCGGGCCCUGACCUAAGUUGUAUCCAUACUGUUGCCUGUAGAUUUGGUAGACCUUGUGUUUUGUAAACGGACUUGCAAACUCGACCGCAGUCUCUGCAGCAACGCGUAAACUGUGUUCUGCAGUGCUUGCCUGAAAUAUAAUUGAAUUACAAGGAUUAUAGCAGCUGCAGUGGGUUCAAAGUCACCACUAGCUCCACGGAGACAGCCAAGCGAGGAAUGGCGCAAGCUGGUGUGCUUGCGGGCCAGGAGGCCCCGCGACAGCGUCUAAUGAUUCGCGAAAUGGUUCUGGAGAACUUCAAAUCGUAUGCCGGCGAGCAGCGCGUGGGGCCGUUCCACAAGUCCUUCUCGGCGGUGGUCGGGCCCAAUGGCAGUGGCAAGUCGAACGUCAUCGACGCUAUGCUCUUCGUCUUUGGACGGAGGGCCAAGCAGCUGCGCUUCAACAAGGUCUCUGAGCUUAUCCACAAUUCCCAGAACCACAGCAACUUGGAGUAUGCGCGCGUAACCGUGCACUUCCAGGAAAUCCUCGACCAGGACGGUGAUUCCUACACGGUCGUGCCGGGCUCCGAAUUCACCGUGGCGCGCACAGCGCAACGCAACAACGAGUCGCACUACUACAUUAACGGGCGGAAAGUCAGCACUAAGGACGUGACUGACAUGCUCAAGGGGAAGGGCAUCGACCUCGACAACAACCGCUUCCUCAUCCUGCAGGGUGAGGUGGAGCAGAUCUCCAUGAUGAAGCCCAAGGCGGAGGAGAAGGACGGCACCGGGCUGUUGGAGUACCUGGAGGACAUUAUCGGCACGGACCAGUACGUGCAGCCCAUCGAGGACGCCAACAAGAAGCUGGAGGAGAUGAAUGAGAAGCGUGUGUCCAUGGUAGCUCGCCUGAAAAUGUCGGAGAAGGAGAAGGACGGAUUGCAGGGCAAGGCGGAGGAGGCCCAGAUGUUCCUGGACAAGCAGGCGGAGAUGCUGCGCAACCGCAUCCACGCCACACACAUCUUCGCCAUGAAGAUUGGGUCCAACAUCAGCAAGGCGGAGGGCAGGACGACGGAGCUGAAGGGCAAGCUUGAGCACGAGCGGGCCAAGUUCAAGCAGCACGAAAAGGACCUGGAGGCGGCGGAGAAGAAGUUCGUGUCCGCGGACAAGGCGCACUCGGCGGUGGUCAAGGCCCUGGAGGCGGCGACGGAGGCGUUCAAGGAGAUGGAGCGCCGGGACGCGCAGAACAACGAGAACGUCAAAGCCAUCAAGAUCAAGAUCAAGAAGAUCACAGACAAGAUGGCGUCCGACACACAGUCGUUCGCGCAACUGGAGAAGGACAAGACCGAGUGCGAGGAGGCGGCUCCCAAGCUGGCGGCCCAGGUGCAGCAGCUGACGGCGGAGGCGGAUGCCACCGAGGCGGCGCUGGAGGAGGCCAAGGAUGCCGCCAAGGGCGAGGCGGAGGCGCACCGCCAGCAGCUGGCGCAGGUCAAGAAGGAGCUGGCCCCCUGGGAGAAGAAGAUGGGCGAGGUGAAUGCGCGCAUCUCGGUGGCGGAACGCGAGAGCGAGCUGCUGCAGCGCAAGGAGAAGGAAGCCAAGAAGCGGCUGGAGACGGCGCAAGCGGACCUGGAGGAGGCCCGCGCGGCCGCUGGUGGCAAGGAGAAGCGCAUUCGCGAGCUGGAGGCCUCAGUGGAGAAGCGCCGGCAUGACAUCCAGGCUCAGGAGAAGGAGCUGUCUGCUGCGCAGGCGGCGGAGAAGGAGGCGGACGAGCAGCUGUCGGGGGUGCGCGAGCGCCUGGUGCAGCUCAGGGCGGACCUGAGCGCCAGCCAGGGCCAGUCAGGCGUCAUCAAGGCGCUGAUGGCGGCCAAGACCCGCGGCGAGCUCACAGGCAUUUACGGCCGUCUGGGCGACCUGGCGGCCAUCGACGCCAAGUACGACGCCGCCGUGUCCACCGCCGUGGGCGCCCUGGACAACGUGCUGGUGGACACCACCACCGACGCGCAGCGGGCGGUGGAGCACCUGCGGCGCGCCAACGCCGGCUGCGCCACCUUCCUGAUCCUGGAGAAGCAGCAGCACCUGGAGCGCUUCACCAAUGAGCGCGUCGACACGCCCGAGGGCUGCCCGCGGCUGUUCGACCUGAUCAAGAUCAAGGACGCCCGGCUGCGGUCCGCCUUCUUCUACGCCUGUGGCAACACACUGGUGGCGAAGGACCUGGACCAGGCCUCGCGCAUCGCCUACGGCCAGGACCGCCGCUUCCGCCGCGUAGUCACGCUGCAGGGCCAGCUGAUCGCCGACAGCGGCACCAUGUCGGGCGGCGGCAAGCCGCAGACCGGCCGCAUGGCGCUGGGCAACCAGGCGCCGCGCGGGGCCGCCACGGACGCGCGCGCGGCGGAGGCGGAGCUGCGCGAGGUGGAGCGGCAGGCGGACGAGCUGGGCAAGGCGCUGCAAACAGCUCGCGACCGCGUGUGUGCGGCCCAGUCGGCGCUGCGGGCCGCGGGGAAGGACCUGGCCUCGCUGGAGCUGGAGGUGCCCAAGGCGCGCAUGGAGGCCACCGCCAACACGCAGCUCGCCGCCGAUCUGGCGCAGCGCAUGGCCAGCCUGCAGGAGGCCACACAGGUGGACGCCGCUGACGCCAGCCGCGUCAAGGAGCUGCACGUGGCCGUGUCCAAGGACAAGGUGGAGCUGCUCACGCUGCAGGAGCAGUGCGCGGACCUCACCAACAGGGCCAAGGCGCUGGAGGCCAAGAUUGAGAACGCGGGUGGCGAGAAACUCAAAUCGCUCAAGACCAAGCUGGACAAGACGCGGAAGAAGAUCGAGGAAGCCGAGGCGGACAUGAGCAAGAAGCAGGUGCAGGCCAAGGCACACGCCAAGCAGAUCGAGAAGCUCAAGAAGGAGGUUACCAAGCAGGGCAAGGAGCGCGACAAGCUGGAGGCGGAGCUGGUGGAGUGCGGCAAGGCGUCCAAGGCCAUAGAGGACGAAGCCCUCAAGGUGGUGGAGCAAAAGGCGGAGGCGGAGGCGAAGAGCGAGGAGACCGGCGCGGCGCUGGAGGAGGCGCAGAAGGCGCGCGACCUGCUCAAGCGCAACCACGCCAUCAUCCGCGGCACCGAGUCCAACAUUGAGGAGGAGCUGGAGCGCGUGGCGCGGGUGGUGCGCGAGGAGCGCGAUAAGGGCAAGCUGCACCUGGCGGACAGGGCCAAGCACCGCAAGAAGCUGGCGGAGGUGGUCGGCCACGACGACCUGGCUGUGGACGAGGCGGCCCUGCGCGGCGAGACGGCGGACGAGGACCUCACCAAGCUGGCCGACGACCUCAACUACAAGGCUGCUGUGCUGGAGGCGGAGCUUCAGAAGCUCAACCCCGACCUGACCGCCAUCGAGGAGUACAAGCAGAAGUCCGCCGAUUACGCCUCCAAGGCCAAGGAGCUGGAGGACGCCACCGCGGAGCGCGACGGCGUGCGGCGCGAGUACGAGGCACUGCGCAAGGCGCGGCUGGACGGCUUCAUGGCGGGCUUCGAGGCCAUCAGCAUGAGGCUCAAGGAGGUGUACCAGAUGAUCACGUGCGGCGGCGACGCGGAGCUGGAGCUGGUGGACUCGCUGGACCCCUUCUCCGAGGGCAUCGUGUUCAGCGUGCGGCCGCCCAAGAAGAGCUGGAAGAACAUCUCCAACCUGUCGGGCGGCGAGAAGACGCUGAGCUCGCUGAGCCUGGUGUUCGCGCUGCACACCUACAAGCCCAACCCGCUGUAUGUCAUGGACGAGAUCGACGCCGCGCUGGACUUCAAGAACGUGUCCAUCGUGGGCCACUACAUCAAGGAGCGCACCGCCGGCGCCCAGUUCGUGAUCAUCAGCCUGCGCAACAACAUGUUCGAGCUGGCGGAGCGGCUGGUGGGCAUCUACAAGACUGACAACGCCACCAAGACGGUGGCCAUCAACCCCGGCCGCUUCGCCGUGCCGCAGCCGCACAAGCAGGCGCAGGGGCAGGGGCAGCAGGCGCUGCAGCAGCUGGAGGCCGCAGCGGAGGAGGAGGAGGGCGCCGAGCAGCAGCGGCUAGAGGGGCGGCCGGCGGGGGCGGUGGUGCAGGCGGCCGCAUGAGCGGUGGGAGGGGUUUUCGAUGAGCGCGUGGAAGUGGCGGAGGGUCUGGGAAGCGCUGCCGGAAUAGGGAGUGCUGUAGCUGGUUGAAUGGUAACGCACCGGUGGCAGGUGCGCUGACAGGGGGAGGAAACGGCGCAG